AUGCUGCGCUUCAUAGUGACGGUCAGCACCGUCAUCACCGGUGGCUCGGCUAUAUACUUCUACAUGCUCCACCGAAGGCUGUCGUCGCGCAUCGAGCACAAGUCGCAUCGCGGAAAACUCUCCGCGUCAUGUCCGAAGCCGAUCGAGAUGGAAUCAAUUCCAGAGACGGUCUUUACAGAUCGGUACUUUGCGCUCUAUGACCAUGCAUCGCAAUCGGUGCAGCGCCCCUCGCUUCCGAAGAAUGUCUCGACGGACCAACUGCUUACGAAACUGGUCCGUCGCAACAUGACCGCCUUUUCGCAUUUCCCUCAAGCCUUGAUGAUCAGGCUGGUCAGUCGCGCUCCGGAGGAACAGCGCAGUUUUAAGGCGUCGUAUAUUUCUUCUCUAGACUUUGAUCAAGGUGAUCUCGUAUGUGGCGUGUAUCGCGUGAUCGCGCGCAGCAAGAACAAGGUGGAAUUUGAGAUUAAGAUGAAGAACAUGGAGUUUAUCAAUGGGCGGCUCGCUAUUAGCUUUCGGGAGAUGGAGAGCGCAGUGGUGUUCUCCAGCGAGACUUUGAUGUGGAGACGGUCCGAGGAAACCCAGUCCAUGCCGCUGGAGAAGCCGCUGCUACGUUGGAUGCACGAAACGGCUAUGUGGUGGUUGAUUGAUUCGGGCGUGAGAUACUUGGUGGAAAUGGAGUCUUGA